AUGCCACCCAUCACGCGCGGAGCCAAGACCCCUCGUCGUCACGACAACCUCAGCAUCUUCGCACAAGACAAGCUCGGAGGACCCAUCGAGUCUCCAGGCUCAGAGAACCUCCAGCUGCCAACCCCAACCCCAAGUCAACGCAAGCGCAAACGCGCGCCCCAAGAGGAUGAGUUCGUGCAGUUCGCCCGCUCGCUCAUCGCCGACGACACCGCUGUGGCAUUAAGAGUGGCAGGUUGUGGAGGCGAUUCCACGGAGACUGCGUCCGAUGGUAAGUGGUGCCUGUGCGGUAUGGCGGAGGAGGACAUCGUCGACUUGGAGUACAUGAUUCGGUGUGACAACCGACAGUGCAAUCCGGGCUGGUUUCAUCUGCGUUGUGUAAAACUUCCCAGUCAACCACCAUCUAGGUUCGGCUGGUUCUGCAAGGAUUGUUUGAAGGCGUGCAAUGUCGGAGAGGCGAUCAACGGACUCAUCUGUCAGCGCGGUGAGGAUGGCAGCACGGAAGUCCGCGACUGGCUGGUGGAGCAGCAGAGCGAGAGGGAUACGAGGCGUAAGAGACGGCAGUUGAAGAAGAUGGUGCAGGAUGCAUCUGACGGCAGUGAGGGCGAUGUCGAUGAGUGA